GUGUUCCUUUAUCUUGCACGUUUGUUUUGCCCACCAAGCGCACCGAUGCCUCCAUUCUGCACGAACUGACGGGCACGACGACCGUGACACAUUUCGGACUGGUCGGGGCAAAACUGCUGACAGGCUAUUGUUUCGACAGCGUUAUGCAAAGGCGGACACCUGUCGACUGGCAAACGCAAAAAGAGGAUCUGUGAGAGUUUUACCACUCAAAUUCGGAACGAGUGUGUUGUGGCCAAUUGGUGUAGUGUUUCAUCUUCGUCGCUUUGUGAGGACGAAGUUGGGAGUUGCACAGAGAGCAAAAAACAGAGGAUAAGUGCAGUUACGAACGCAGAAGACAUGUUUUCCCGAAAGGAGUUGCUUUACCUUAGGGCGUUAAUUUUCGCCACAUUGCUGCACCUCAGCACCGCACUGCAGCUGGAAGGACUGUCGACAAAGAAGCCACGCAUUACCAAGUACACCAUGAAGCCCACGUCCAGCUCGGCUACCGCCGUACCGUCGUCCCUGUCGCUGUACCGUCUGAAUGGAGCGAGCGGAGCAACGUGCAUACUGAUUCAGACCGAUGCCCUGCUCAGCAUCCAGUACCGUGAUAAGUACAACGAGGAUAAGGAAGCCGACUCCUUCCUGCCGGACCAAAUGGACAUCUCCGGCGAAUGCUGGGAGGACGAAUCGCGCAUCACGAUGGCUUGGAAGGGUUUCACCGUGAACAUCUACUUCUCGAAAACGCCCGGCGGCGAGCGUUGGUACGUGAACAGUGUCGAUCUGGCGUACUCCUCCUCGAACAAGCUGUUCGAGCACAUUGACCGUCCCGGGCUGGAUGUGAAGCUUUCCACGCCGCCGGGUACGCUGCUCUUCCCAACACCGGUCGGCAAAUCGUACACCUGCGACAAGGAGGUCACCAUUACGAUGUUCGCACAGGACGAGAACGACAAGUCGGGCCAUCUGGCGAAGCUGUACCUGCGCGAGCUACGGAUGCAAAGCUUCAUGUACAAGGCGGGCAAUGCCUGGGGACCAACGUUCCAGUGUAGCGCUACCGGGACGUACCGUGACGAGACGGCACCGAUUGCCGUUGGUUCGACGCUGGCCGUUGCUACCGUGUGCACCGUCGUUGGAUACGGUUUGUGGAGAUACUUCAAAGUUAAGAAGUUCCAGUACGGCACCAUGGCUUAAGGUGUCGGUCGCUUAAUCGGAGAGCUAUUGGGUGGUGAUUUUUGGUGCGGAGGGCGUGAGACUGUUCUAUCGUGGCCAAAACAGUAGAACGGAUACUGCAACAGCACACGGUAUCUGAACCGGAAGUACACGUCAAACGAAACGAUUCCUUGCAAAACGGUAGCAGAUCUUCUACUGCUACACUUUCCCACAUCUUCGACGAAAGUAAGGAGUCUUAUUCCAAUUUUGAUCAAUUUAAUUUCACCAACUCAAAACUUACCACAUACCAACUGAAUUAAUCUGCUACACACACACUACACUACGCGAAAACACAAGAAUAAGAAGAAUUGCAUAACAAAACCUAAGCAAAUAAUUUCGAAGUUAGUCUCAACAGCUCUCUACAGUGCGAUGUAUUUACUGUGCUGAAGGCAUAACACAAAACGCGAAAGUUAUAACUACAUUAACAAAAAUAAUUAUAUAUAUAUACAUAUACAAACAAAAGGGUAAAGAAAAAGAUAAUUAACAAUACGAAAGUGGUGACUGUGGCGGGAAACCAAAACGGAAAUGAACAAUUGAUGGACAAGAAGAUGCGAAUGUUAUUAGAACGGAUAGAAUUAUAUAUAUAUAUACAUACAGACGCGAGAGAGCGAAAGAAGCGUACGCAUAAAACAAAAGAAGAAGCAAACGGCGGCGGCUAGAAUGGCGCGGAACAAGCGUUAAACAAAAAGUCUUCCAUUUUCAUUUUAAUGAUAUAAUCGUGUGAUUAAGUAAAUGUAUGCAAAAACCAAAAGCCAGUCAUGAGAUACGAAGCGAACAAAACAAAUUACUUAACAACCAACUAUAUAAGCUUACUGGGGGGGGGGGGGGGGUGUUAGAACACAGCGAGGAAGCUAACGAGAUUAUCUGCGCAGGAGGCUAGAGCAACACGUUUUGGGGGUGAUUUAGAAGAGACGGGGGCGAAUGAAAAGGGUUUUGUGCAAAGUAAGAAAAGCAGUCCCAGGUCUUUUUCGUUUCAUCUCGCACCUUUUCCCUCAAACGCACGCACUGUACGCACCGACAGUUUACAACGUUUAAAAUCAGGAUAACGAGCCCAUGUUAAGGUCGGCGGUGACCGUUUAAAUGGUCGAAUUUGCAUUCAGUAACUACUGCACGAAAACUUCCUGUGUACAGCAUCAUACAACAAUCGUAACGUCGUGUCGUUAUUAACUGAAGUCGUCGUAACUUUUAACUCUCCGUUUGUCCAAAUCGUCUCUUAUAACACCGUCCUCCGACAAAGUAUGUGCACCUGAAUCGAUUGUUCGCAGCGUUAAAACACUUCAUGCUCGAUUUGUUACCCGAAAAAAAAACGAGGAAACCCCUGCCACGAAGUGUCGUGAGCAAAGCACACAAUUCAAAACAUAUCUCGGUGUCGUUUGGUGCGUCAUUUUAUCGUUAACAUAAUGUAACUCUCAAAACAAACAAAACCCUCACCCAGUGUAACGUGUAGCCGGGGUGCCGGGGAAGAAAGAUUCAACUCCCUUUUCAAACGCGUAUUAUCGUAAACGAUUGCAAAAAAUAACAAUAAUAGAAACGACAAAAAAAUCGUUCGCUCUUCUGAAGAAAAAAAAACAAACACCCCCUAAGUUACACCUAGAGGUAAGUAGAAUAUCUAAGAAUUCAUCACGGUAAAUCCGCUCCUAUUACACAUGAUACCAACAUUAUGCUGUCUCUAUAUGUCGUUCGCCAUCGUUAAACGCACACACGGAAGCAAACCAAAUUUUGCCCUACCCUUAUUCUCGUUGCUUAACACGUUGUUAGUUCUAAUUGAUCGAUUACGAUUUUGAUUUGAAUUUAAGAAAGUCAACCGAAAAAAAAAUCACUUUAAAAAAAAUAGUAAACGACAUGGUCUCUUCAUCUCUUCUUUUACCCCCGCAACAAAAAAGGAGGGAGUGUGUAGUGAACCUUUGUUUACGAAUACGUUAACGUGUAAGAAACAGUUAUGUUAAUGUUAACCGAUAACGGUACCGUAAUGGGAAAAAUUAAUAAACAAUAAACCAUUAGUUCGAAAAAUUAA